AUUAUCAAUGGCAGGAUCUCGAUUGCCAACAUCUCUUUCGAUCCGAUACGAAACGGAGCGACAAGUCACAACCUUUGCCAGUUCGUUGCUACAUCGUGGAGAUAAAAACUAAAUUGCCGUUCAACGUUAUAUGUGCACCUGUCCAAUCAAUGUUGAUCUAGGCGGCCAUGUUCUCGUCCGCUUUCAAGUCUUUUACAUCAAACAUCAGCUCCAACUAUGAAAUCUCCAAACAGUCAUCUGCUACGGUCGGUGCGUGGACUGUUUUCGACGCGAAAAAGAAGAGCACUGGCAUUCAAGCGUCAGUAUUUGUCUUCGACCGAAAGUCUUUAGAUAUCAACACUAGUGGGUUCGGAGCACGUGCCACGAGUUCUACCUCACUCCGGAAAAUCCAAGAUGAAGUUGUCGAGCGCUUAAAGAGGGAAGCCAGCAGUUUGGCUCGCCUUCGUCACCCGUCAGUUCUUCAACUCGUCGAGCCUGUCGAAGAAACACGAAAUGGCGGCUUGAUGUUCGCAACCGAACCCGUUUUGUGUUCCCUCUCCGCCGCUUUGGCCCAGAAAGAUCGCGCUGGGUCGAGAAGCGGUCGUGGCCUGUCAAGGUCCGUUUCCGAUGAGGGCGGCGUAUCUAAAGCAUCCGAAGAUGUGGAGGUUGACGAACUAGAAAUCCAGAAGGGACUCUUACAGGUUGCUAAAGGCUUGGAGUUCUUGCACGAUUCUGCCAAGCUGGUGCAUGGAAAUCUCAACCCAGAUGCAAUCAUGAUCAAUGCGAAAUCAGACUGGAAGAUUUCAGGACUUGGCUUUGCUGGACCACCUGACGGCGCCGAAGGACAUCAGGCUGUGGCUCAGAUAUCACUUUCUGAAGUAUUGCACCACGAUUCUCGGAUACCUCGAUUCGUCCAACUCGAUCUUGAUUACACAUCUCCAGACUUUGUGCUCGACUCAAAUAUCAAUUCUUCAGCAGAUAUCUUCUCCCUGGGCCUUGUCAUUCUGGCUUGCUACAGACAGCCCCAUCGCUCUCCUAUCGAGACGCACGGAAAUCAGUCGACGUACAAAAAGAUAUUCAGCAAUGCUUCUACGGUCCCCAUAAGCUCAAACAACUAUCUUUCCCAGGGAGCACUGCCCCGGGAAUUGAAUGUCACACUACCGAGGAUGUUGGCCAGAAGACCGGCUCAACGUCUAACUGCGAGCGAGUUCCAGCAGUCUGAAUACUUCGAUAACAUAUUAGUCAACACCAUGAGAUUUUUGGACGCAUUCCCAGCCAAGACACAUGUCGAGAAGUCACAAUUCAUGAAAGGACUCGGUCGUGUGAUGCCGCAAUUUCCUCCGUCGGUGCUCGGCAAGAAGAUCCUUAGCGUACUCUUGGACGAAAUGAAGGAUCGUGACCUGUUGCCCUUGAUCAUGCAGAAUAUCUUUCAUAUUGUCAAAGUCAUCCCGACAAGCAAAGACGUAGUCUCCAACAAGGUCCUUCCACGAAUGACGGAGAUCUUCUUGACCAAAUCAAAGUCAGAAGAAAGAGACAGCAGCAAGGAAGCUGCACUGCUUGUUGUACUCAACAACAUUCAACUCAUUGCCGACAAUUGUUCGGCGAAGCAAUUCAAAGAUGACGUCCUACCUAUCGUGCACGUCGCAAUGGAGUCAACUACACACUCUCUGACCGAGGCUGCCCUCCAGAGCCUGCCAGUCGUGCUGCCUCUGAUCGAUUUCUCUACCGUCAAGCACGAUCUCUUUCCAGUUGUUGCAAGUGUCUUCAGUAAAACCAGCAGCUUGAGUAUCAAGAUCCGUGGCCUUGAAGCACUCGCAGUUUUGUGUGGUGUAUCAGUUCACAAGAUGAAUAGUCGCAACGACGAUUUCGGCGGUACGUCACAGCAGGAGAAGCCAGACAAGAACGUCUCCAGUCUCGACAAGUUCACAAUGCAGGAAAAGGUAGUACCCUUAUUGAAAGGCAUCAAAACCAAGGAGCCAGCUGUCAUGAUGGCUGCUCUCAAGGUCUUUCGACAAAUUAGUACUGUUGCUGAUACGGACUUUUUGGCCAGCGAGGUGAUGCCGAUUCUAUGGAAUUUUAGUCUCGGUCCAUUGUUGGAUCUCACACAGUUUCAAGCAUUCAUGGAUGUAAUAAAGACUGUCACGGCAAAGAUCGAACGCGAGCAAAUUCGCAAGUUGCAGGAGCUUUCGGGCAGUAGAUCGAGCGAUUCUCGAGCAGCGCCACUCUCUCAGACGACGGCAAGCAAUGGCACUCAGCGUGGAUCAGCAAACGCCCCCGAGGAGGACUUCGAAAAGCUCAUAUUGGGAAACAAAAAUGCCGAAAAGAACGAUGUAUUUGCUGGUGCUCUUUCGGAAGGUGAAAAGUUGACGCCGAAUCCGCCGUCAUUCUCGUGGUCUCCUGCAGCUGGGCAAAACAGGUCUGCAGCAUCAACUCCAUCAUUCUCGACGCUCCCUGUUCUUCAACCACAGCAAGCCUCGCGGUCUAUUACACCGGACGUCAGUAUGUCAGCGUUCCCGAGCCUACAUCCCCAGGCGUCUUCGUCUGCUUCUAUCUGGGGAGCGUCCUCACCACCUCCUAUGGCGAUGCAAAGCCAGCAGCCGGUACUCCAUCCGACCAGUUAUGUCGGGAGUCCUACAAACGUUAUCCCUUCGCGGCCACCGCCACCGCCGUCAACGAAUUCCUGGCAACUUCCACCGCCACCUGGGCCACGGACAGUCCCAAGUCCAGCUUUCAUAGCAAGCAUUGCGCCGCCGCAGCAGAGCCCUAUGCUCAAGAAUACCUGGCAGCCUACUUCUGGUAUGACAUCACAGCCUGGAUUUGCUGGUCCCCUGAACGUGUUACAACCACAGACCAAACCCCAGCAACCUGCACAACCAAAGAAGACAGGGUUGGAUAAGUACGAGUCACUCAUAUAGAACUGGUCUCCACGCUGGACAGAGACGUCCCAGGUGGUAUGGAGGCAUAAUCAUCUGGUGAUCAAUCUCUGGGAGUAGAUUUUGGACUACUAUACCUCAUAAUAAUAUAGUCUUGCAU